AUGUCGUCUCCGCCGGACUCGUUCACCAGCGACGCGAGUGCCACGACGCAUAGCACCACCACCAGCCUGCCCUUGCUCUCGCCGACGGUGGACACCAAAGAUGGCAACAGCCGCAGCCAGCCUUGGCGAGACAUUGUGUCCGGCCAUUACUGGGCGGAGCCGCACGCGUUCCGUGAAAAGGCCAACGCGGGCCCUCGUCGUGAUAUCCGCCUGCUGCAGGAGCUCGAUGCCAAAAGCCGCUGA